AUGCCCAAGCGGUUCCUCUCCGAUGGGGAGCAGGCCCAAGAGCCGAGGCGGUCGGGACGCAGGAGCGGCGGCAGGACGUCCGCGAGCGAGAGCCUUGAAGUCGGGGGCGUUGAACUUGAAGCUGCGAUAUUGCGUAGGAACAAGGAGGCAGAACUGGAGACUGCACGGCGGAUCGCCGCUCUGAAGCAGCGGGAGAUCGACCUCCAAAUCGACCUGGCGGAAAAGGAGCUCGAAGUCGAGCAGGCGAGGGCGGCGGAGGAGUUGGCCAGCGCGAGCAGUGCCAGGGCAGCGCGAAGUUCUGCUGUGGAUACCUCGAGUUCAGAGCCAGAGAGCUCAGAGCUAGAGAGCGAGGAUGUCGAUGGUGGGAGCUGGCCACGCGGCGUGGGAAGUCGUCGUGCGCGAUCGGACGCGGAGGCCAAGCGCAGGCUGGCCAACCACUUCAGUCGAAGUGCCUUCAGCGACGCAGGUGCUGGCGCAGUGGCUCAUCGCAGGCCCGGGUUAGAACAGGGGUCUGGGUCACAGCCCGCACAGCAGCCCAUGCAGCCGAACAUGCAACAGCCAGUGCAGCCUGCAGUGCAACCCAACACCUCAGCUCCAGUGCCGAGAGCAAGCCUGCUCAAGUAUCGACCUGCUCCAACCCCAGCCCCACGUGCGAAGCCCAGACGUCUACCAGCUAAGCCAGUCCCGUCAGUGCCUUUGCGACUUGGUCCAGUCCAGCAGGCCUUCAAGCCCAAGGGAGCGGGACCCAGCCCACCACCUAAGCCAGUCCCGCCAGUGCCUUUGUGA